CGCAUCCUUGCUUCCAUCUUGUCACCUUCCUCUUGCUACCACCCUUUCGACACUUGCAACACCUUGAGUCGUUCCGUUUUGUAAUCCUAGAAUCGCCCUUGUGCCGGUGCACCCCGUCAGCAACCUCUGCUUCCUAGUUCGACCCUUUAGCGCCUGUUUCGCCUCGUCCUCCUUCACCUCCACGAGCACGUGGGCGCCGCAUCAAGACACGGCCUCAACCUCACGCGGCGUGAGACCUCGCUAGGACUCCUUCGGGGAGGCCGGCCACUCUCUUGACUACUUCUCUACAUGCCUCAGAUUCCGAGGGGGCCAGUUUCUCCUUUCCUCCGACCAGUCUCUACUCUGCGCCUGAAUAGGUCCCUAUACUUUACCGAGCUUCGAGGGUGACGACAGUCCCGAUCUUUUCGAUGUGCCAACUGUAGGUGCAUCUCAGCCUGUUUGAAUCCUCUUCGACGCUGAAGUCUGCGUCCUUGUUACUAUCUGAACGAGCCGGACAGAAAAACCAGUCCCUGGUAGAUAGAGCAGCGACUCGGUAGCCUCCGCCGCUCUCGCGUGACUCACAACACCUUUUGAUGCACUCCUACAGGCAUGGAGCGCGCCGUUACGUUGUUUAGUCGCUCGAGCUCUCGCAACUCUGAGCAUAUAAAAAGCGAACCUCUUUUACCCUGUUCAGAGAAACCCGCCUCUCGUCGCCCAGGAGCCAGCUCAUUACUAGGCAACUGUCUCUAUCGGCGAGUCUUCAUUUGGACCAUUUUAAGCUUGGCUCUCGUCUCCGUUGCUCUCCUCAAUGCCUCCGACAUUUCGGUACCAGAUGCCGUUGCCGAAUACGGCAAACACAAGAUCUCUCCAAGUCACCCAGAUGCCGGACGUACUACUGUAGUGGUGACGCCCGGUAGUGACGAGCCUCAUAGCCAGAGCCAGGAAGACGGGAAGAACGACGAUGCUCUGAGCGAUAAAGACGGGGAGGACCAAGAAACGAAUUACGAGGAGCAGGAAAGCACCAAUGAUGAGAACGACCUAAAGGAAUUCGAGCAGGCCGUGCAAGAUAUGCCCUGGCUCCUUUUCAAGCACCUCGAUGGAUAUUUUCAUGGGCUCAAAGCACUGGUCCAUAAGUCGAAGCACAUUCCCGAAUACCCGAACAAGACCGCGUAUGCCCCAUUUCCAAGGCCCUCUAUCAACGCCGACGUACCCAAGCCGCGGCCAUACAGGCCAUAUCAACACACAGGUGGCGCCAAACCUUGCUACCUCGAUGAUGAGAACCGCGUGUCUCCGCCCGAUAUAUAUGCCUACGACGGCUUGCCACAGCACAUGCCAGACCCCGCCAUCGGCUCGUAUAAUAUUUUUGGGAUCAGGGAUGAUGUUUGCUUUGACCGGUUUGGGCGUUAUGGCCCCUAUGGACUCGGUUACGGGAAUUUACGGGGUGGAACUGGUGUAGGCAUCGAGACGGAGAGCAGCGGAAGCGACACGAUCUGGGAGGAGACGGGGCAGAUUAAUUAUAACUAUGUCGACUGGGGCAAAGCACAGAAGAGGUGUUCCGAGCGUAAUCGCCACAGACUGCUCGAGGUUGAUGAGGAUACUGAGGAACUACCUUGGUCACGAGAAGAUCGCGCGGGCAAGAAGGGUCGCAUUGCUGUGGUCGUCCGCUGCUACCAGGGCUUCAAGUGGACCGAAACGGCAAUACUUAACUUUCGUGCCAUGGUCACGGAACUUUCUCUCAAGUCAGGAGGAGAGUAUACAGUUCACCUCUUGCUCCACGUUCGCGACGAGGGCUUGCCCAUUUGGGCCGACGACAUCACCGCACAGCAACUCCUGGACAGCGAGAUCCCCAGCGAAUUCCACAGCAUGGUCACAUUCUGGAGCGAAACGCAGAUGAAGCUAUUCUACCCUGGCAAUUUUGACGAGCCCAUGGAAAAUCCAAGCAACACUGGUGUACAUGGCGUCUAUCGGAGUGCGCACUUGGCGCUGCAAGUCUUCGCAACGCAAAAUCCCGAAUAUGAGUACUUUUGGAACUGGGAGAUGGACAUACGGGUCAUGGGAAGCUAUUACGAACUUCUUGACAGAAUCGGGCGCUGGGCUGACGACCAGCCGCGUGAGCUUUUAUGGGAGCGCAAUGAGCGCUACUAUGUUCCAGACUUCCAUCGAUCGUGGGACAACUUCACACAACAGGUACGCCUAGAGUCGGAAAACCCCGAAAGGGAGCCAAUACUUGGCCCGGUCAGGUUUGACGGGCGGCGACCCUUGAGAAGCGAACAGUGGGGAUCCUCGAUGCUGCCCGACUCGUGCUCCCGCGGCCAAGACCGAGCGCAGUGCGGCGUGGGUGAAGGGGCAGAUCUAAUCACGUUAAACCCGAUAUUCGAUGUCGAACGUUCCGGUUGGGUUUUUGCCAAUGACGCAACGGGAUACGGCAAAUUGGAUUCCUCAUCGCUGCCGCGAAGGUGUAGCAUCGUGACGGCAUCGCGCCUCAGCCGGCGACUGCUGCUGUCAAUGCAUGAGGAAGUUUGGCGUUACCGCCAUACCAUGUUUUCGGAGAUGUUCCCUGCUACUGUGGCGCUUCACCACGGCCUCAAGGCCGUCUACGCCCCGCAUCCGAUAUACCUUGACCGCGCAUGGCAACCUCUUGGGUCGUCCAUCUCCGCGGCCUUCAAUGGCGGCGAGCACAACUCGACAUCCGGGACUCACUCCCCAUACGGUAUGGGUAACGAGCACAUCCACAAAGGCGCAAGCUACUACUAUCAUAGCGAAUUUUCUGGUCUGCUUUGGAGACGAUGGCUGGGCUACGCACAGCUGGACGGCCGCGGCCAUAAUGGUGGUAGGGGAGGGCAAGGCACACUUCGUGGAGGUGCGGAGGAAGAGAGCCGUGAGGGGAGCAGCGGACGGCUCUGCUUGCGCAGCAUGCUUCUCCACCCGAUCAAGCAUGAGCGACCAUCGGAUUGAGACAGGGUGUGUUACACAUUUGCGGCGAGCAUGUGGCUGGUCUCUGUUACUCUCUGAAGAUGUCGUUGCAUCUGCAAGCUGGCGGCCGUGCGGCACGCAGACCGGUCACUGCCCAAGCCCAGGUGGCCUGCUUGGACUCGUGGCGAGCAGCUAUUUGAGGUAC